AUGGCAGGACUGACCCAAAAUGCAGGUAGCAGCCUGCGCAUAGCCGUUGAAGGUUGUGGUCACGGGACAUUGCACGAAAUCUACGCAUCCGUCAAGAAAUCCUGCGAGCUGAAAGGAUGGCCUGGUGUUGACUUGCUGAUAAUUGGUGGCGAUUUCCAAGCUGUUCGAAAUGCCUACGACCUGAAGGCUGUCUCCAUGCCGGAGAAGUACUAUGCCAUGCACGACUUUCAUGAGUACUACUCGGGCGCACGAAUCGCUCCUUAUCUCACCAUCUUCAUUGGUGGCAACCAUGAAGCCAGCAACUACAUGUGGGAGUUGUACUACGGCGGCUGGGCUGCGCCUAACAUCUAUUACAUGGGCGCGGCCAACGUCGUUCGAAUUGGAUCUCUUCGGAUCGCCGGGCUUUCCGGAAUCUGGAAAGGGUACAACUACCGCAAACCACAUCACGAACGUCUGCCAUACAACAAUGACGACGUGAGAAGCAUUUACCACGUCAGAGAGCUAGAUACCCGCAAGCUCCUCCAGCUUCGCAGUCAGGUCGACGUUGGUCUGAGUCACGAUUGGCCAAAGGGUAUGGAAUGGAAGGGCAACCAUAGACAACUCUUUCGGUUUAAGCCAUACUUUGAACAGGAUGCAAAAGAAGGGCAGCUUGGAAGCGUAGCAGCAACAACAGUUCUCGAGCGGUUGCGUCCACCGCAUUGGUUUAGCGCCCACAUGCACGCUAGGUUUACGGCCGUGUGGGAACACGAAUGUUCGCACGAUCCUCCAGCAUCCGAAUCGAAGGAAGUCACUGCCCCGGUCACAGCUAACGAGGAUGAGGUUGACCUGGACAUCGACGAUACACCUGUCAUUGAAGCCCCCAAGAACGAUGCUGAGAUUGAUCUUGAUUUGGAUGAGGAGGAGGAGCCGUGCACGUUAGCACCAAUGGAAGAGCAAGUCGCCGAUGCGGACGCCCAGGGCAAGCCUGACGAUAUCCGGAGCCUCUUGCCAGAAUCUUUUGCACGCCCGUCCAUGUCCUCAAACUUUGAUCAACCUCCUACUCUACCGUUUCCGCAGGAUAUAACAAACAAAAUCACCAAAUUCCUGGCACUUGACAAGUGCUUGCCUGGAAGACAUUUUCUACAACUGCUGGAAGUAGCUCCUCACACGCCAGGGGACCACGAACGACCCCUUAAACUAGAGUACGACCCAGAGUGGCUUGCGAUUACUCGGGUUUUUGCGGAAGAGCUGCAGCUGGGUAAUCCCGACGUUCGUGUACCCCAGGACAAAGGAGAUGUCUACUACAGGCCGUUGAUCGAGAAGGAAUUGGCUUGGGUAGAUGAGCAUGUCAUCAAGCCUGGCAAGACGGCAAUUCCAGAAGAUUUCGUGCAGACCGCACCGAUCUAUGAGCCAGCAACAGGGAUUCACGUUGCAGGAGGACCAAAGGAAUAUUCAAACCCACACACCCAAGCGUUCUGCGAUCUUCUCCAGAUUCCGAAUGCUUUCCACGCAACGGAUGAAGAAAGGGCACGAAUGAUGCAACAGGGUCCCAGGCCAGACUCUGCACGACCCGAGAGACGUGGUGGAUUUAGAGGGGGCAGUACCAGAGGACGUGGCCAGGGCCGCGGUCAGGGUCGUGGAAGAGGUGGGUUCAACGCCAACCGUGGUCGAGGACGUGGUCGCGCUCGGCAGUGA